GUCAACAUGGAUUUCGAUAAACCUGUUGAAGGUGAAGAAGAGGAAACAGAAGAGACGGAGGAGAAAGAAAUUUCUUACAUAGAUUUACAGCUUAACUAUUAUAUUGACAAAUUAAAUUCGAAAGAUAAUUUUAAUAAUGUUGUCAAACUGAAUUCAUUAGAUG